AUGGGGUAAUUUCUACACAGAGAAGAAGAAGACAAAGAAGCCACAAAUCUUCACAUGCGAGAAAUGCUAAACAGCCAAAUUACAGAAACCAAACUCCAAGAGCGUAUAAACAGAGUGUAACCCUAAAUUAGUGUUGAAGAAAACAAGCUUUUGCUUAAAGAAAAAUCUGACCUUUCUAAAAAAUUCGAAGACCUAACAGAGCUGCAUAGCAGCAUGGUCAAAUCUUUACAAAAUGACUUAAGAGAAAUGACUGGGAUGAAGGUUCGAGCUGAAGCCCAAGUCAGGCUACUCGAAUCUGAAAUGAGCCAAAAAGAUGAAGCUUAUGGUAAAUUUUAAACAGCCAUAAAUCUCCAAAAAUGCCAAGAAGACCACCAAGCUGACAUGGACAAAAAACAAAUCGAAAUCCAAAUCCUUAAAGGAAGACUUUCUGAAUUAAAUGAAUUUUCUGCACAUAAAGCAGAAUUCGAACUCAAAAUGAAAACAUUAGAAGAAGACUAUGAAAAAGAAAAAAAAGCCCAUCAGGAAGACAAGCAGAAUCUGGAAAGGGAAAAAAUAAAGGAAACGGAAAAACUGAAAAAAGACAUGCUUUAUAAGAUAAAGGAAACUCGUGACAAAGUACUUGCAUUAAAUGACGAACAAUGGCUCCAUGUCAAAUGACAGUGGGGUUUUGACAGUGUACAUUUCAUCGAAAUACAUUUUUUUUCGGUCAAAUGUCUCGCUAUCAAAAAUUUUCAACUAAUUUUCGUCCAAAAAUUUUUCGGUGAGAUGGAUACUAUCAAAAAGGCAUGUCAUUUGGCCUGCACCCACGAACAAUUGCAUAUAACCACAAAAUUCACGGUUCUUGAAAACCAUCGGCUUACUACUGAGCUUGAAUACCAAAGUAAACAGACAGAAAAGCUUAUGAAUAGGAAUUCUCAGCUAGAAGAACAAGUGGCAGGGCUGAAAAGGGAUAUUGAGAUUCACAAGCAAGUAGAAGCUGAGCUAGCAAAAAGAUCGCAUUAUUGCCAGAAAAUUAUUAAAAAAUUAAAUACAAAAAUAAAGGAUCUAGAAGACGAGCUAGGGUCGAAUUCUAAGCAACCCAAGCAGGAAAAUGAGAAUUAUGAGUCUAAACAAGACUCAAGGAUGAAUGAAGAGCUUGUAAGAUUUUUGGAAAAUAAAUUAUUCCAAAUUUGAUGAAUAUUUUCAUAUAAAAUUGCAGUGCAUUUAUUAGGAAUUAUCGCGAAUUUAUUUUAAAGUAUAUAGAAGAGAGCAUGAACAGACUCGCCCAAGUCCAAAUGGACUAUAACAUCCUCAAAGCUGAGCAUACUGACAUGCAGCAAAAAUUCAAAGAAAGAUCAGAACGAUACCGAAACUUAGGCUGCCUCCUCGCAGACUACUUAAAAGACUUGCAAACCUUACAAAACGAGCUUCCAGGUGACGCAGAACUUACCUUAAACAUUAAUAAAAUAGCUUCAUCUCCUAUAGAAGAGCUCACCAGCACUGACAAAGCUGCUUUAGUCUCAAUCUUACUCAAACAAAUCCAGCCUUACUUAAGCCCUUCAAACCUAAAUAUUCCAAAUUUUGCCAGCGUUAACCUUGUCACUGACACUCUAAAACAAGAUGAUUCUCUUCCAAAUAUAAAUAAAAAUAAGCCAACCAUAAGUGUAGCUGUCCAAACUUCUUUUGCCCUGGGAACUUUUGAGCUUCCUAAACUUGAAGUUGACGCUGAUAUGGUAAAAGCUCCACUUAGGCCGUGGGGUGCAAAAUCAACGAAAUCGCCUGAUUCUUCAUUUGUCAAGAAAGGGCAUAAAUUUAGAAAACUUUUGUAA